GUCUCAGUAGGGGGAGGAGAAACAAGGUUCUUUUCUAUGUUUAGUUCGGAGUAGUAGAUCCCGGAUAUCCGUCCUGGAACCAUGAGGUUCCUUUUCUCUUUACUGGUUGGUUUGAUUCUUCAACAAUGUGUACAAGGAAAUGCAGAUCCGGAGGCACUCCCAGAGGCACUUCCGGAGGCAAUUCCGGAAGCAAUUCCGGAAGCAGGUGCAGACAGUCAGUAUAUGGCUUACUCCGAACCUGACUACCCAGGAUUCCGUCCUCCUGUCUCCGAGCCUGGAUGUGGUUUAAUGGACACCUGCUGCGGAAUGUCCAAUGAAGGAUGUUGUAUGGGGGGUCAGCAGUGCUAUACCUACUAUGAAAGGGAAUGUGAGAAUACUAAUGAACCGUCCUGCAACAUGAGAGGGAAAACUGUUUGCAUGAACAUACCCUUGAAGGACUGUAGGGUCGUCAAGGAAAGAAGAACCGAGGUUGUGUAUGAUGAUGUCUGUAGAACUAUCCCCCGACGUGAGUGCAUGCAGUAUAACAAAACUGUCUGUGCCAUGAUCCCGGAAAGAGAACAGAAGCUGAUCAUGUGGGAGAACCAGAGGUUGGAGAAGCUUGACGACAAGGACGAGGAGAAGUGUGAGACAGUGAAGAGAUGUAACUUCACCAUGGUAAACAUGACCGAGGAGAUUAAUGAACCUAGACAAGUUUGUGAGAAUACAACUAGAACUCAGAAUAUUUGCAACCAGAUACCUUACACGGAGUAUAGGGUUGAUACAAGAACUGAAUAUGUUCUACAGUACAUAACUGACUGCCAGUACGUUAAUCAACCCUCCUGCUCAUCAAGGUCUUGCUCCCCCUCAGGUUGUAUGGAUGGAGGAGAUGUUUGCUCCAGGGUUGAUUACAACACAACCACGCUGUGCUCUCAGGGUAAUCGAGGCUAUCCCCAGAACUGCCAGCAGGUCCAGGUUCCUGUAUGCUACGGUAACCUUGGAUAUUGUAACUAUCCAAACCAGCAAUGCUGUUCCAACAACCCUCAGCAAGUUUGCAGAAGAAUACCUCAGAGAAUACCAGUCACCAGAAACUUCACAAUCCCAGUAACCCAGAUGAAAAGUGAAUGUAAGGAUGUGGAGACCAUUAUCCCGAACUGCAGGCUUGAAAAUGAUUUGAAGAAUGUGACCAGAUUAACUAAAAAAUGCAACGAAGUUAUGGAAAAGGAAUGUGUUCCCCUGAAGAUCCCUCAGUACUCGGUGGUUGUAGAAAAGAAGAAUGAGACUGUUAGUUUCUACAGAACCAAAUGUGAGAGAAGAUUUGAAAUGGGGACCUUCUGCCAAAACGUAAUGGCAGAUGUUGAGUGUAGCAAGAAACCAGUCAAAAAGUCUUACAUACUGAACAAGGUGGUCUGUGAUAGAAGUAGAAACGUUCAACUUUGCAGAACCAUCCCAGAGUCCGAAUGCACAAAUCAACCAAGUCAGAAGUGUCGAGUUGUUCCCAAGCAGGUCUGCCAGCCCGGCUGCUCCAGCUCCAACAUGUGCAAUCAGUGUGAUAGUUUCAGAGCUCAGGGUGGGUUCAAUACCUGCAACUCCGGACAAUGUUCCAACUACUACCCGGAGGAUACAUUUUAUAACAACUCUAGUUAUACCGGUGGACAAGGAUAUAAUCCAGGAUAUGAUCAGGAAACUGUUGUUGGAGAUGAAGGAUACAACCCAGGACAGAUAAUUGGAGGAGGCGGAUAUAAUCCAGGCAAUGUUGGAGGGGGCGGAUACAACCCUGGUAAUGUUGGAGGGGGCGGAUACAAUCCCGGAAAUGUCGGCGGGGGCGGAUACAAUCCUGGAUAUGUAGGAGGAGACGGAUACAAUCCUGGAAAUGUAGGAGGAGGUGGUGGAUACAAUCCCGGUUAUGGCAAUGGAGGCGGAUACAAUCCAGGAGUUGUGGUAGGAGAUGAAAUAAUCGGAGGAUACAAUCCAGGAAAUGUGGGAGGCGGUGGAGGAUACAAUCCAGGAAAUAUGGGAGGCGGAGGUUACAAUCCAGGAAAUAUGGGAGGCGACGGAGGAUACAAUCCAGGAAAUAUGGGAGGUGGCGGAGGAUACAAUCCAGGAAAUAUGGGAGGCGGUGGAGGAUACAAUCCAGGAAAUAUGGGAGGUGGCGGAGGAUACAAUCCAGGAAACGUAGGAGGAGGCGGAGGAUUUAAUCCCGGAAAUGCAGUUGGCGGAUAUAAGUCUGGUAGUGUGAUUGAGGAAACUAAAAUAGCUCUGAGCGAUAAAUCUGAAGAAAAUAUUGCUGAAUAAUCCUCCUGUUCUUCAAAUAAAUCUGUUUUCUACCUCAUUAUUAAUGUGUGCUGUAUGAGUAUUGAUGUAGUUGAGAAUAAAUACUGUAGGUUUUUUA